AUGAGAAAACAAAGUAGCGUUUUACAAAUUCCACGGAAUUCUAGGGCAGAAAUAGGUACAGGGGGACUAUUUUCUUCUGGGUCUAUGAGUAAAUAUAAUUCAAGAUAUUUUAAUAUGCAAGGAUCUAAGAUAGAUAACACCAGUAUAUGGCAAGAUAUACUUCAAGAAUGUAUCAGAAAUUCUUCAAAUAAGCGUAAUGAUGUGCUGCAUGGAUCAGUAUUUGUAUUUGGCCGUACUGGUUCCGGUAAACAAACAUUAAUUAAUGAACUAAAAGAUUUAAGUGACAUUAAAAGUGAACUAAACAACAAUAAAAAAGACUCUAAACCUUAUAUAGGGUUAAGUUAUGAAUGUUUAAAAAUUUCAAGGCAGUUAAUUGAGGAUGAGUUAAUAAAAUAUGAUAUUUCUGAAGAUUCAUCUGAUAUAUCCAAUAUUACUGAAUUUCAUCACAUUAGUAUUGAUAUAUGGAGUAUUGACCAUAUAGAUUUGUUAUAUGAGAUAGUAAAAAGAUUGGUAAAUAUUAUGAAUAAGUCCUCUACAAAUUCUGACAUAAAAAAGAUACAAGGAGAGGUAGUAAACACAGAAGGAACUUUAACAAAUGAGGAUGUAUUGAACAAUAUGUUAAAUCCUUCAAUUCCAAAUUUGAUGUUUUUAGUAGUUUUAGAUACUUCAGUUCCUUGGACCUUAACUGAUGAUUUAACAACUUGGUUGCAUACAAUUCAAGAUAUAUGGUCAAAGACAAUGGAACUCUCAAAUUCAUCACCAUAUAUUCAGAACCAAAUGAUUAAUUCAGUUAGGAAUUAUCUUAGUUUUCAAGAAAAAGAUCUGUUAUCUAAAAAUAAAACGAGUGAUACAUCAGAUAGUGAAAAUAGAAUAGAGUCUAAUAAAGAGAAUGAUAAGUUGAAUUACAGUACAACUCCCGAAAUAAAUUUGGGUAUUCCAAUUUGUCUCAUACUCUCUAAAUCUGAUAUUGGACAAAGAUUUACAGUUCCCCCUAAAGUUAUAAAUGGAGCACCUUUUAUACCAUUUUCUUUAGCUUAUUUAAUGAAUAUGGGAAACCCAUAUGGUUUAAGUUAUUUUUGUACAUAUAUCCAAGAAAAUGGAAAUAUUCGUGAGACACAAGGAAUAGAUUUGUUAUUUAAAUAUAUUUUGCAUCGUUUAUUUGAUUUUCCUUUACUAAAUAAAGAUGGUUCUAAUAUUAAAACAAUUAAGAAUAUUGAAUAUAAUGCAAAUACAAUUUCUUGUGUAUUUCCUUUAUCUUCAAUUGAAUUAUUACCUUUAAAACCACUACCAGAUGUGGCUAAUACAACAUUUGAAUCUUCAGUUUUAAAAUCUGACUUUAUUAAUUCGAAUUUAAAUGAUGAUUCAGAACUUACUAGAGGUCUCACAACAGCAUUCAAUAAAUCCCUUCCAUCACUAAGUGAGUUUUUAGAAAAAAUAAGUAACCAGAUUCCUCAGGUUGAUCCCUUAAGUGCCACAGCAACAAAUGGAAUACCACCUUCAAUGUCAACAAAUUCUACUGCUACCGAAGAAUCUACAUCUAGAUCGACAGUUCUUGAACAAUCUAAUGAAAAACCAAUAUUACCAUCUACAUCAAAUAUAGGCCAAAGACUAAAACCAAAUAAACUUAGUCAUGGUACAAAUAAUUCUACUAUAUCUAGUGAUCCAUCUCUUAGGGGAUUUUUUCAAAACCUUAUUCAGAGAGGUGAUAAAAGAACUCCAUCAAUUCACAAAACAUCUCAUAGAGGAAGUUCCUCAUAUGCAAAUUUACAGAAAGAAUCGGCAAGUCCUUUAGAAGAAAAUGACAACUCAAAAGAAUCUAUUACACAACGGGAACCUGUUGAAUCACAACCUAAUUCUACAGAUCAAAAAGAUUCCUAA